UGCGAAGGCGCUGACGCCGCUCGGCCAGGGUUGGCGGGACCGGGAUGGGCCUCUGCUUGCCUUGCCUGGGGGGAGCCGCCGACGACGUGGUGGAGACGCCGGACCCGGAAAUGAGACGACAACAACUUGCAGAAGCUGCAGAAAAAAGGCAAAUGGAGGCUGCUUCACGUGGUAUUAAGAACAUAUUGUCUGUGGAAGAGAAGAGAAGGAAACUAGAAGAAAUGGAAAGACGGCUUGAAUCUUCACGCCCUGGACCAGAAGGAGGAGGACUAAGAUGGCAAGUUGGAUAACUUUCAGCACAGCUCCCGAAAGGAAGAGAGAGUGACCGUUCCUACUGCCAAUACCUUGCCAGUUCCUGCAGCUGAGUGGCACUUGUUCAUUGUUUGGCUUUUGCUGUUGUUUGCCUCUGAAGAUGCAGCAGUACUUUGCCAUUUUGGCAGGGCAGAUAAAAGAUGUGCACUACGGAUAUUAUCAAACCAAAACCUCACAAAGUACAGCGGAGAUGGCCAAAGCCAGUUACUUACUAGUUAUGCUGCCAUAUUGUUUUGUUUUGCAUGUCUUAACAUACUUGCAGGGGGGCGGGGGCAGAUUGUAAAUGUGCCAGUUAUGUAGAUAAAUGACAUUUUAAUGCCCUGAAUAUGGGGGGGGGGGGAGAAUUCUGCUUCUAAACAUGUCCCCCCUUUAUCAUCCUUUUAAGAUUUGUGCCACAGUUCUUGGAUCUAAACCUGCUGAAGUCAGCAAAUGUCUCUGAGAGUAAAGCUUUUGUGCCUUAUAGGGGUGAAUUCAAAUGUUUAAGAGAUGUUGCCAUGAAGUGAGAAAUCCCUGUCUUUGUGUCUUUAUUCUUAUACAUGUAAUCACUGUGUGGUAGACAGAGAAAUUCAAGCCAGCAUGGAUAGUGGACUGUUAAUUAUUAUUAUUUUAGUAGUAGUAGUAGUAAAAAGAAUCACACGUGGCCAUACUUCUGCUUCACCACAUGGGGUGUAUAUUUUGUAAGAAGGAACUACAGAAGGGCAACGGCAGGGACUUUACUGCCUUGUGGUAAAAUUGCUUUCUUAAAAAAUGAAUGCAUAUGUGGUAAAUCCUGGGAAAUGGCUGGAGAAAACUGACUUCUGCAAAUUUAUCAAGCAUUAACAAAGCUUUACAAUAUAAUGCUGAAGUAAAUAUAUUUAUGUAAUUUAUUCUGCUACAUCUCAAUUUUUUCCUAUUUAUAGCAUUUAGGGGUGGGUGAAGUGUUGGUUACUUGCCCAACUGCAAUUCCCAUUCUCUCUCUCUCUCUCUCUGUGUGUAUUUCAUUGGGUGAUGCCAACCAUGUGAAUUUGAUAUACCAUUGGUGUGCCUGACUUGUUUUGUUUACUGGCCAAUGCAUUUGGGAAACCCAAUUAGCUUCCAGUUGUCAUCAGUGGAAUGGCUGACACCAAUGGCUGACUGGAUUCCCCUCUGCCUUACAGCUUCACUGUGUACCUCCCCCACUCCAAACCCUCCCCCCCCCGUUCUGGGAGACAUUUGGGGAACCCUCCAGAGCAGAUUAGUAGGAGAGGAAGGGGAAGUCCCGUCGCGCAAUGUGAUGCUGGAUGGAACCCAUGCUAUUUUUAAGUAGUACUUACAAACAGAUACAUGGAAUGUUCAUGCAAUCUAGUUUUUGAAGAUGGUUAGGGAAUGAAAUUAGCUUAUGGUAGGAGAAGUUACGAUGCAGCUUAUUUUGCCUUUAAAAAUAAAGCUGGUGGUUUCUUAUUUGUCCCCAAGGUGGCAUACUUCUUUUCUUAAAAAAUAAAAUAAAAGCCUAAGUGGAACUCACAUAAAACAAAACCUGCACUAUAUGCAGAUUGAAGGUGUGUGUGUGUGUGUGUGUGUGUG